CAGGGGAUCAAAUACUUUUUUUCCCUCACUGUACAAUCAACAUCACCACGCGUUUGGGGUGUUUGGCGACUGCAGUAAGUGUCCACGUGAUGAGCCACUUCGUUGGGCUACCAUUUGUGUUGGCCAGGUCGCUUCUGAAAGAGAGAUACACAGCUCAGUGGGGUCCUUACCUGGUAAGAUUUAAUUUUAAAAAAAGUUUCGUUUGUGUAGUUUAGUUUCUCUUAGACUCAAAAUCCUCCUAAACGCAUCACCAUAAUCACGAUCACUGGUAUCAUUUAUCCCACACAGGCCACCGUUCCUGGCUCCACACUUAGAGAGGAACCAUCUCCAGCUCAGCUGUCUGCCCUCAGGGAACAGCUGAGCCGGCUGGAGGGCGCCCUGGGGGCAGGGCCACCCGGGGAGGGAACGACCCCGGCAGGGGGCAACGCGAGACGCCUUCGCGCCCAGCUGACGGCCCUGGCGACGCAACCCCCCGAGGUGCGAGUGCCCCAGGCGGUGCCUGGGGCCGACGGGGGCCGGAGUGGCGACCGAUACCAGCACCAGAACCAGCACCAGUACCAGCUCCAGCACCAGUACCAGAACCAGCACCAGAACCAGCACCAGAACCAGCACCAGUACCGCCUCUACCAGCACGCCUCGCAGCACGGGCAGCGGUUGGAGAUUCUGGAGAAGAGGCUGGGAGAUCUCGAAACGAUGAUGGGAAUCUUUCCCGACGGCAACCUGCAGAAGUUGAACGCCCUGCUGGCCAAUCUCCAGAGGAGCAACAUUCUGGGGGCUGUGGAGGUGUUGCAGUGCAGGAUCGGAUUGCUGCAGACAUCGACACUGGACCACGUGGAGUUUCAGCUCCAGGGUCUCCUGGUCAAGAUGAGUGAGCUAGACACGUUCCGCUCGGCUCUCGAUGAACCCAGCGUCACAGGCGAGAGCGCUGUGCGCGAGACCUGCCAGGUGGAGGCGCUGCGCGCGGUGCUGGAGAGGCUCGAGUGGGUGGUGCAGGCAGUGCCCGGCAUCGUGCACAGGCUGGUGGUGCAAGCGUCGGAACACGACCACGCGCUCCGCUUUGGGCAGCAGCUGCAUGGCAUGGAGGCAGCGCAGCAGAGCCGGGCUGGGACUCUCAGAGACAACGUGGCGCUGCUGCUUGAGAUGGAGCAGUCGCUCAAGGAGAACGUGGCCUCUGUGCAGACAAACUUCGCCAGUCUUGAGGCACGGGUGACGCAACUUGGCCAGUGAAGAAGAGGAGACAAGAGGAGGUGAAGGAGCCAAAGAAAGAAAAAGAGAAGUGGUGGCGGUGAAGUACGGAUGAAGCGUGCAGCAGCAGAGCCGGUGACGAGAGGUGACGCUAGGCGACGCGGUAACCGCCCACUCCGGUUUUGCACUUCAAUCCGUGUCCUCGUCUGCAGCCUUCAGAACGCAUUCACGAAGCCCCCCCCCCCAUCACCGCUCUCACACGACGGACUGCUCCCGUCUCGAGGAGGAGGAACGCGGUCGCGGGGUGUCCUCACGCCGUUCCAACAGCGGCGGCGCUUCGCCACCAGCACCACAAAACCACCACGGCGCGUUUGCAGCACCGCCGCCCCUCCUUCAAAAUAAACCGAGUGGCAGUUCACCGCCCACCCACCACCCACCCACCCACCACCACCGUCUGUCUCACCCUCUGGUCACUCGCUCGCUCGGUGAACCCCUCCCUCAGUGCGACGCCACGUGGAGUCAAGACAGGUGGUGGUGGGUGGGUAGAGAGUCGUCUAAAACGCGUCCAUACUUUUUUUUAUUUUCCCUCGCCUGCCGUUUUAUUGUAAAUGUUAAUUUUUUUGCAUGAAACAAUUCGGGGAACGUAACGCUUGGCAGGGGAGUGCCCCGAGUUUGCGGGACAUUGAGACGGUGAGGGGGGGGGAGUGAGGGGUGGUGGGAAUGAGCGGGAGGGGGGGGGGGUCUGUCCAUCCAUCCAUCCGCGAGCCAUACCAUCUGCAAGCCACCGCGCGGGUUUUUCCCAAACAACCCAGGAGACGCACGUGCAGUAGGUCCGGCUGCGUGGGAGGGUUUACGGAUCGCGCACAGAUGGGAGCCGACCGACCACUCCGGCUCCACGAGGCGGUACGGCAAGCAGAUCUGUGGCAGGCCCCGUGCGUGCGGGCGCAGCGUUUGAGGAUUUUCCGUCCUCUGCAGUCCCUCCCAACGGAGAUUAUUUAAACGCUCGAAUAAGAUAACUGGCCGAAACAUCCCAUGCAGGACCCUCCUGAAGAAAAAAGGAGUGGCGCCGUCGGCGGCGCCUUCCCCACGCUAAAUAUUCCCAAACAACAACAACAACAGCAGCAAGGGUGCAUCAUUUGCAAACGGCGGGUGAACGGUGUGGGUUGUGUUUGGGGCUGCAGCAAGAGAAACAAAACCAAACUUGACGAUGUUUCACUUUUGUUUAAGUCGCCACACGAAACGCCCUUUUGGAGAGAGAUUUUGAAGAAAAAAAAAACCUGUCGCAAUCAGUUUGUCGGGAGACGCAAGCAAUUACUCCCCGACCCACGCCCUGAGCGACCAGUCGCGAUAAUUGGCCCGCAUGCCAAUGAACUCGCUCGCUCGCUCGGCGUAGCCACUUGGGAGCGACGAGGUACGACCCGACGACUCUCGUUAUUAGCGCAACCGAUCGCUCAGUCGUGACCCCCCGCCCCCACCCGAAUUUACAGCGAGGACUGAGGGUGAUGGGUAAAGAGGGGAGGGGGUAAAGGAACAGGGGGAGAGUUGAGGGAAGGGGGCAGAGAGAGAUUGGCAGUGGGGUAUGAGGUGGCUGGCAUGGCUACUCGGGGGUCAGGGGUUAAAGAGGUACCCAUGGAUCAGCCGAGCUUAGCACCCGCAGUGUGUGUGCGUGUGUGAGGGAGGAGUGCGAGAUGGCUAUAGCCACACCCCGUACAAAAUAGAUCUCUCUUCUUUCACCCUAGGUUCGCAUAUACAUAUACAAUCAUAUAAUUCUAUACAUCUCUAUACAUUUGUGUGUGUGUUGUGUUGCAGCCUCUGCGCCAUGAUAAACCAUUAAACAUUUUGUAAGGCCCAAAAUAACAAUGUCAACAAUAAUAAUAACAGAAGAAACUUUUUUUGAGAAACAUUAGUUUUUUUUCUUCUUCUUGUUUUUGAAUCCUUUUUUAACUUUACAAUUUACAAGGAGCAGCGAAGAGACCUGCAGGACCCCCCCCCGCUCCCACCACCCCUUCUCGGGCGACGUCACUACAGCAAACCCAUUAUUAAAAGAUACAAAAAGAACAAAAAUAAAGGGAAUAGAAAUCUCGUAAA